AUGGUACCAAAUCCAGGUGAUUCGUCGAGCGAGUCAACAUCGUUAACUAACGAGUCGGGACAUGAGAGCAAAUAUGACGACAGAAUGAAUGAGCAGGAUUGGGAAGAAGGAAAGAUGAAUGAGGCCAGAAAUUUGAAAGUAAUUAGUGAUGAAUUAAAAGCAAAAAGAUGUCCUCUUUUUGGUGGCAAAUACUGUGAUAGAUUACCAAAAGAUAUCAGGAAGAAAGCAGGUGCACUAGAAGCGCGACUUGAUAGCCUCAUUAGUGGUUCGGUUACUACUCCAUUCAGUAGUGACACUCGGGAUGAACUACGCUUAUUGAUUGCUCAGGGUUUAACAACCGCUACUUUCAAAAAGGAAAUGAAGAAAUACGACUUUUCCUUAAAAUGUAAUGCAGUCUGGUCAGCUGAUGCUAUUGCAUAUCGAUGUAACACAUGUGCAUUCAAUCCAUGCAUGUCUUUAUGUAGCAGUUGCUUUAAAAAUUCAAAUCAUGAUGGGCAUGAUUUCAGUCGUUUCUUUUCACAAGCUGGAGGCGCUUGUGAUUGUGGAAAUGUGGAUGUUUUAAAAGAAUCAGGGUUCUGCUUUCGACACGGACCAAAUGCACGCCGUCCACCUGUUCCUUCUCCAGAUAUUGUCUCACUAGGAGAAUUCAUUAUUCCGAAACUCUUCGUUCGAUUAUUCCUGUGUUUUCGAGGUUGGACGAAGCAGUACAACGCUUGUAAAGAUGGUUCUAGCAAAGAAACUUUCAGUAAUCAUAUUGUUAAUCGAGCACAUAUUUUGAUUGAACUAAUUCAGGAAUUGAUUGAUUACGGUGGUCCAAUCCGCGACGUCAUCGUCAGAAAUUUGUUAGAUUCUCAGUUAUAUCACGAUUUGAAUAAGCGCAAUGCCGAUGAUGAUAUCAGAGAUCAUGAUCGGAGUCCUGAUUUUUCCUUGGAUUGGCGAACACGCGGCCUGUUUCUGGAAGAUCUCCAGUCAUUGAAACCAAUUAUCAAUUCAAGUCAAACUAAUGUCUGCUAUGCGCCAGAAUGUUUAUUGGAUGAGUUGAUAUUUUGGAUGGUUCGGCUCAUAUUCCCUCAGAUAAUGAUCAAUCUAUGCCUAAGUUUGCUAUCGGAUGUCAGCUACAGGGAUGUUUUUGCGAGACGGUUUUUCUCAUUGUACCUUUGCAUAGCUGAAAUUUUGGUUGAUUUAUCCAAGCAUGAAGGUGAUAGCGCUAUAUAUGCUGUCGGCAGUCGUAUUAUACACAUUUCUAUACAGAUUCUUUCUAGUGAAGCUCAGUGUCUUAAAUUAGAUGAUGAAAUUAACUUGAAAGAUAAGAUAAUUUCAAGUACUUAUGGCGUUUUAAGAACCGGUGUUCAAAAGUCUACGAUAACGCAAGCCCGUGAAUAUUUCUACGAAAAUACUCCACCGCUGACAAACGACGAUAAACUGUUCAAAUGGCUUGUAUAUUCCGUGGGUGAUGCUAAUCAACCAUUACGUAAAGCUUCAUACUGGACGCUUGUUAGCGAUUUGCAGAAUUUAUUAACGCAUGGAGAAAUUGCGCGAAGAUUUCUUCGUGAUCAGAAAAGCAUGGGAAAUUAUGUGGUUUUAAUAGCACCUAUGCAAGGGAUGAAUCCGAAUUAUCGAAUAAUCGUUGGCAAUCAUUUGGAAUAUGACACCACCCACACAUAUCAGUUGGCAUUUCAUCUUGAGUGGGAAGUCUCAGCUUUGAAUAUGUUCAAUAUGUUAGCUGCAUUGACGGUCGAAACUGAAUGCAUGAAUAUUUAUCUUCUUCAGUGGAAAACCAUUUUGGGGGAAUGGUUUAACGCAAUUGGUUUGACAAAGAACGAUGUAUGUGUUCAGCCAUAUUGCGUAAGUUAUCAUAUUCCGCUGCACAGACAUUUAUCCGCUGGUAUUUUGCGCUGCAUCGAAUUACCAGUAUUUGUUUCUUGUUUGGACAUCCUUAUUGAAGAUGAAGAAUUUCUUCGCAAAGCUUUGUUUCACCCACUAAGAAUACAGGUAUGUCGAGCAGAAACGUCAGCUGGUAUGUGGGCAAGAAACGGUAAUGUGGUGCGAAAUCAGUCAUUUUAUUAUGCGCAAACGAAUUAUAACAGCGCUUUUAUGGACUGCGAUAUAGCAUUGAUUAGAUUUGUAGCAUGCUUUGUCGACGCGGAAUGGUUUACAAAAGUUAUUACUGCAGCUUUUUAUUUGAAUGAUUGCUUGUCGCUUUGUGGUUUCCCUUCAAACGAUGUUGUUCUUCCGCAGAAAAGACGAGUAGUCAUACGAAGGGAAUGGAUAGAUUUUUUGGUUGAUGGUAUUUUGAGAUUGCUCUUGGAAGUUGUGGUUGUGAGAUGGAAUAUUUACGGAAAUGUUUCGAAUAAUCUAGAGAAUGAAAUUGUUGCCGCGCUUGCAAUUAGCGAUUUGACGCAUUCGAAACUAAAAGCAGCUAUUCCCGAAAGAGGAAACCGACCACUUGUUGAUGACAAAACAUUUGAUAGUGUAUUGGAAAAGUUGGCAGUGUACUGCGGACCUGAUCAAGGAGGUCAUAUUGAACAAGGAGUUUACAUGUUGACAACAGAAUCUUGGCAAACUCUGUUCGACCCCGUAUUUUGUAGAAUGCGAACAACUACUCCACGUGAAUACAAUGACGCAUUGAUGCGCUCUGAGAAUGUUGAACGCAGUUUACCGAAGCAUCCAACAGUUAUUCGUUCUGGUGAUCACCUGUGGAUUCCUUAUCGUCUCUAUUCAUUUGAUAACAUUUGGACGGCGCGUAGUGCGAGGUUUCUGGUUACACCGUCAUUUUUCAGCCUAUUGCAUAAGAUUGUGUAUACUUAUGUUGAGCAUCAACAACUGAACGAAGCAAUUUUUCAAACGGCUGUUUAUUUUUUGACAUUAAUGGUCAAUUUUGUUACAUCGGAACAGUUUUCACGCACUACUACAGAAAAAUCAAAAUUACCAUCAUCUGUGCUAGAAACAUUCAGCAGUAAAAGAAAUCCUAUUUCUUCUCUUCUUUCAAUGUUCACCGACUUUGUCGACAUUGGAGAAAGGCAGAUGCCAUCAAUAAUUACACUUCUUUUGAAAUAUUUGCGUAGAAUGAACAAUGAAAAUGUUAUCAAUGCAGAACAUGAUCAUUUGCUGGCUCAGUAUAUUUCCAAACAACUAAACCUGGAUUCCCUGCUUUUGGAUUUCAUUUCGGGUUAUGCUAUCGAUUAUAUCGGGCGUCUUUUCUGUUUGCUUUAUCGCAGCUGCGAAAAAAUACGGGAAAUUUUGGAUCAGUUCAUUAGUGAACAUCAGAUGGAAAUGUUGAAAUCAAAUGAUCCCCAGGAAAAGUAUAGUUCUGACUCUUCCGCAAAAUUAGCCCAUCGAUCGGCUGCAAAACGUCGUCAAGAGGCCUUAUUGGCGGCUCAUCAGAAGAAGAGCGCUGCACUAAUGAAAAAGUUGAUGGCAAUAGAAGGAUUAACACAAACUGAAAUGGAUGCAAUGGAUACUAAGGAGAAUUCACCAGUGCGACAUUAUAGAUGCCCGAUUUGUAAUGAUACAACACCAAGUACAUUGGCUCAUCCGGUUGGACUAAUGUCUCGCAUAAUUGUUAAUUACGGCUCGUUUUCUUUUACACGCACAGAAACUUUUUCCUUCAAAGUCGAUUUGUUGUCAGAUAGUUCUGCUUUCCUUAAAUUUUCUAAUAUGUUUCGAGCUUUACUUCUUGCCGUGUAUAAUUUUAAUAUGACAUCUCUUUACUUUCAUAUACUCUUAUUCCUCACUGCUGUUGAACACUCUUUACCUGAAGAUUGUCCAUCACUAUCGCUGAUGGAAAUGGGAGAAAAAGGCAUACAGGCGAAUUAUAUGAUGCUAAAGAUUUUCAUCGCUUCACGUCAAUCUCUUCUUCAGACUCGCUUUCCGAAAUAUGCAGACCUUAUUCAAGCUCCAACUGGUAUUGAAGUUCGUACGUGUGGUCAUUAUGCACAUGUCGAGUGUUACAAAGCUUAUGUUAAAACAUUGCUUGAAAAUCCACCAUCGUCACUUGAUCCGCUGGAAGCACGAAUCGAAAUCUCAUGCCCUGUGUGCCGUGGACCAGUUCAUACUCUACUUCCUCUCGCUCCAGACACUGGCGUUGAAAGGAUACGACCUGGUAUUUCCUAUCAGAAAAACAAUUACACACAAUUGGUGAAAGAAGUGGAGAGGCUUAUAAACAGUGAUACUUCCCAUACACAGGGCAAUGGGGAAACGAAGUUUGUGGCAUAUCAGCAAUUAUUUUUAAAUUUCACUUCUUUAUGCCAUAAAUGGACAGUAUACUGUGGCAAUUUCAACGAAAGCAUGCCAAGAAGAGGCCAGAUUUUCGCUUUCGGGCUUGCAAAAGGUAAUUUCGAACGAAAUCUUUUAUUGGCCGAAUUAAAUUUUUCCGACAGCUGUUAUCGUGAAUUACCGGCAGAACAUAUAAUAUAUGGAGCACGUCAUCAAGGUACCAAACGUGAUACAAAUUUUAUGAUCUAUCAGUGGAGACACUUAGCUUUCGGAUUCGAUCAAAAACGGCCAUUAAUAGACAAUGCUUUAGAAGAUAACUACGUUCAAUGUUUUGCGCCAAAUGAUUCAGAUAUUCUGGCAUCAUCGACAGUUGAGGCGAAAGUAGCAAAGAUGCGUAUGGAUCAAGACAUUGAGCUAGAGACAGGCACUCCAAUGGUGGUGUUCGAUUUGAAAACAAUGCUGAUUCGCAUCAGUAGUUAUAUCAUCACCAGUGAUUCCUUGACUAAUAAUGAUAAGAAAAGUUUAUUAUCAUUUGUCUAUCAGAUAGUUUUGUAUGCAGGAAUUGUUCGUACAUCGAUUGUGGCAGCUUUACAUAUGCCGUUAUCACAGCUGAAGCGAACUAAAAAUCUGAAAUUGAGUAAUGAGGUAUUUACAUUCGCUGCGCAAAGUGUCAUAAAUAGACUCUUUUCGCGAUCUCAUCUGAAAGCAGAAAAUAUUUUGUUGAAAGAUGGAGAUGAAGUGGAUUUCGAAAAAGCUUUGCAAUAUGCUUGUACAGAUUUAUCUCGUUUAACUGCACAAUUGUGGCACGAAUGUGGUAUACAUAAAUAUAAUGAGGAACACGGCGUUAGUCGUGCCACGUUCAUGGAAAUUUACAAAUUGUUGACAAAUAAUGGCGAACUUUCCCUGGAAUUCUUACCUCAUGUUCAUAUUGAAAAAUGGGUUGAUGCAGUACUCCGAUGGAUUACCUGUAAAAAUUUCGUAGAGAACUUGCAUAAGGAGCCGUUGUCAUGGCGCAGGUUCACGCUUCUUACGCUGCCGAAAAGUUACGACGACUUAUUUGCUCGAUUUUUUGGAUUUCCUUGCGUGGCAUGUGGACUGGUUCCUCGGAUGCCAUUUAUCUGCCUUCUUUGCGGGCAACUUUCGUGCUUGGAUAGUUGCUGUACGACAUCAGCAACCGGAACUGUUUCUGCAAAUGAAGUGGAGCGACACGCACUGACUUGUGGCAGUGGUAUAGGAUGUUUUUUAUCAGUGAAUACCUCAUUGAUUGUGAUAGUUUGUAAUCGAAGGGCAGCACUUUGGGGUUCGGUCUACUUGGAUGUCCAUGGAGAGGAAGAUCGUAAUUUAAGACGAGGCAAGCCAUUAUUCUUAUCGAAACGUCGCAUAGAAAGAUUGAUUGCGGAUUGGACAAUGCAAUCAUUUGAACAUUUAGUUGUAAAUUUCUUUAAUUUUGAUGAUUUGAUGUCUUAUCUUCGUGAUGCUCAUUAUGUGCUUCAGUAG